CUAAAUGGUUCUCAUGUUUGUUUUAAGACCAGCCCACCAGUUCUUCCAGUCAUUCAUUCUUCAGUUGUCAUUCUUCUAGGUCUCGUCGAGUAAUCUGUGCGUAAAACCUAAACGAUACAAUGGCAGAAGCUGCUCCAGCCCCCGCGGCGGCCCCAGCAAAGGCCCCCAAAAAGAAGGCGUCCCGGCCCAAGAGAACUGGGCCAAGUGUGGGUGAGCUCGUCGUUAAGGCGAUCUCUACCUCCAAAGAGAGGAAAGGGGUUUCUCUGGCUGCACUGAAGAAGGCUUUGGCGGCUGGUGGAUACGACGUGGAAAAGAAUAACGCUCGUGUCAAGCUGGCCAUUAAGAGUCUUGUAACAAAGGGGACUCUGGUCCAGACCAAAGGGACCGGCGCAUCUGGCUCUUUCAAGCUGAACAAGGCGAAGGCAGAGCCAAAGAAGAAGCCCGCAAAGAAGGCAGCACCUAAAGCCAAGAAGCCAGCCGCGAAGAAACCCGCAGCGGCAAAGAAACCCAAGAAGGCAGCAGCCAAGAAACCAACUGCCGCUAAAAAGUCUCCGAAGAAAGCAGCCAAGAAGCCCGUCACACCGAAAAAGGCGACGAAGAGCCCUAAGAAGGCCAAGAAGCCCGCUGCACCCAAGAAGGCAGCGAAGAGCCCCAAGAAAGCCAAGGCAGCGAAACCCAAAGCGGCCAAGCCUAAAGCUGCUAAGCCCAAAAAGGCUGCACCCAAGAAGAAGUAA